GCCGCCGCCCGGCUGGCCGGGCCUCGCGGUGCGGAGACCCCGGCGGUGUCGCAGUACCCGCGCGCCCGCCAGCCAUGGCCCAGCCCGGCGAGGAGGCUCUGCCCGGACCCGAGACGACGGUGCAGAUCCGCGUCGCCAUCCAGGAGGCCGAGGACGUGGAGGAGCUAGAAGACGAGGAGGAGGGGGCGGAGACGCGGAGCGCAGGGGACCUGGCCCGGUACCUCAGCCCCGGCUGGGGCAGUGCUAGCGAGGAGGAGCCGAGCCGCGGGCACAGCAGCACCACUACGAGUGGGGGCGAGAACGAACACGAGGACCUGGAGCAGGAGUGGAAGCCCCCGGAUGAGGAGCUCAUCAAGAAACUGGUGGCUCAGAUAGAAUUCUACUUUUCUGAUGAAAACCUGGAGAAGGACGCCUUCCUGUUGAAGCACGUGAGGAGGAACAAGUUGGGCUACGUGAGCGUCAAGCUGCUUACCUCCUUUAAGAAGGUGAAGCAUCUCACACGGGACUGGAGAACCACAGCACAUGCCUUGAAGUAUUCAGUGACCCUUGAGUUGAAUGAGGACCAUCGGAAGGUGAGGAGGACCACUCCCGUCCCACUGUUUCCAAACGAGAACCUUCCCAGCAAGAUGCUCCUGGUCUAUGAUCUACACUUAUCCUCCAAGCUGUGGGCUCUGGCCACCCCCCAGAAGAAUGGAAGAGUGCAGGAGAAGGUGAUGGAAAAUCUUCUCAAGCUCUUUGGGACUUUUGGAGUUAUCUCGUCAGUGAGGAUCCUCAAACCUGGAAGAGAGCUGCCCCCUGAUAUUCGGAGGAUCAGCAGCCGGUACAGCCAGGUGGGGACCCAAGAGUGCGCUAUUGUGGAGUUUGAGGAGGUAGAAGCAGCUAUCAAAGCCCACGAAUUUAUGAUCACAGAAUCUCAGGGGAAAGAAAACAUGAAAGCUGUCCUGAUUGGUAUGAAACCACCCAAAAAGAAACCUUCCAAAGAUAAGAACCAUGAUGAGGAGCCCUCUGCCAGCAUCCACCUGAACAGGUCCCUGAACAAGAGGGUGGAGGAGCUUCAAUACAUGGGGGACGAGUCUUCUGCCAACAGCUCCUCUGACCCUGAGAGCAAUCCUACAUCUCCUAUGGCUGGCCGACGGCAUGUGGUCACCAACAAGCUCAGCCCUUCUGGCCACCAGAAUCUCUUUCUGAGCCCAAAUGCCUCCCCGUGCUCAAGUCCUUGGAGCAGCCCCUUGGCCCAACGCAAAGGUGUUUCCAGAAAGUCCCCACUGGCUGAGGAAGGUAGACUGCACUCUAGCACCAGUCCGGAGAUCUUCCGCAAGUGCAUGGAUUACUCCUCUGACAGUAGCGUCACACCCUCUGGCAGCCCCUGGGUUCGGAGGCGCCGCCAAGCUGAGAUGGGGACACAGGAAAAAAGUCCUGGGGCAAGUCCCCUGUUGUCUCGGAAGAUGCAGACUGCAGAUGGGUUACCUGUAGGGGUGCUAAGGCUGCCCAGGGGCCCUGACAACACCAGAGGAUUUCAUGGUGGACAUGAGAGGAGCAGGGCCUGUGUAUGAAUGCCUUCUAUUUUUAAUACCAGCUCCAUUGAAAACCACCUGUGUUUUCAAGGUUCUGACAAAUACCUGGCAUGACAUAGAAUGGAAUUCAGUCCUCUUUGCAAGAUUUUGUAUACAUGUAGACCUCUUAAUUUAUAUAUUUGUAAGGCAUAUAAAUUGUCUGGUACCCUAUGGUUUUGAGAUCAUCUUCUAGUUCAUAUCACCCAUUUGUCCCAGCAUGGCCAUUAUUUGGAUAGUGCCUGAUGUGUGUGUGUAUG